UAAUUUUGUUAUUCACAGAUUUUUUAACGACUAAUGUCUAAUUUUUUGUAUAUACAUAUUUUUGUGGACAAGAAAAAAUUUCAUAAAAAUUUUGCAUUGUUUCUAUUUUAAUAUAACAUCCAUUGUGUUUAUUUAUAAUGCUAAAACGUGCUUGCAGCAAGUAUGUAUGUCUUCUUUUUAUCAGGUGCUUAAUAUACAUAUUUUAGUACAACAUAAUGUAUAUUUAUACAUGCAUAAAACCUGUUUCAUUAUGAGAUUUUCUUAGAUUGAUAAAAUUUGUGCUUCAUUUUCUAGGUUGAAAAACAUAAAAACUAAAUAACAAUGCUCGAACAACAGGAAAAGCAAGACUUAAACGACAGCGUGAUUAGUACACGAAAGAGAUCUUCGGAAAAGAGAGCUGAACGCAACAAAAAAAAAAAAAGAAUGCGUCAGGAAAGAAAGAAAGCGGAAUUUGACGCGGAAAUGGAAAAAAAGAUAUUAAUUGAAGAGAGAAUUCGAGAACUAGAAUUUCAGAACGCUGUUUUAAAAAGAAAUGUGCCGAAAGUUAAAGCCACUACUAGCAGGAACAUUUAAUUGUGCUGUUCAUCGAGAUCGAGUAUAUACCGCACUCAGGAUAAAAGCAUAGCCAUCACACGGACGCUCAAUUUUAAUGUCAUUCAAUUCUCAAAGUGUGACGUGCAUAUAAACGAAACUAUAGGUGCUGGUGUUUUCGGGAAUGUUUCGAAAAGAUAUGUUAAAAGCAUCAAACAAGUUGUGGCGAUCAAAUGUUUAUCCAACAAUGCACGACCAAUUGAUGCGUACGCGGAAUGCAAGAAGGGUAUGUUGAUGGCAGGUGAUAAAGGCUUUCCCUAUGUUUUUGGAUUUUUGAAACCAAAAUUCAUCCUUCUUGAAUUUGUUUGUGAUGACUGUGGUUCAUGUUCACCAACAUUAAAGGAAUUCAUUCAGAGAGUACCCGCACCGUGUUCCAGUCAUUUAAAUGAAAUUAUAAUUGGAUUAUGCUCCGCUGUUCACCAAAUGCACGUCCGUGGUCUGUUACACAACGAUUUACAUCCAGGAAAUGUCCUUGUCCGUAAUUCAACCACGGUAAAAUUGAUUGAUCUGGGAAAGGCUACACUAGUCAGUGAUCCAGCAAGAUAUGAUAUUGAACCAGGGUCUUCACAGCAAGUUAAAUUUAACACCAAGCAUCUAUUUCUUGCACAUGAGUUAAGGAAUGUUAAAGGUUCUUACCAGUCGGUUCAAUCAGAUGUUUAUUCAUUAGGAUACAACGUGGAUUUAAUCAGUCGAUGUAUAAAAAACAUGAAAAUAGCGUCUAUCGCAAAUGAUAUGAUGUCUGAAGAACCAAGUAAAAGGCCUUCAAUAUCACGCUGCAUAACCCGUUUUAAAAAUAUAUUUGUAAAUCCUUGUAUAUAGACUCUUUAUAAGUAACAAGGUUAAGAAAUCCA